AUGAACCGCUCCAUCACAGCAGCCUGGCAGCCCUCGAUUGCCUCCACACCAGGGGCACAGUCGGGCCCAUCUUCGAGCUCAGGCAAGCGAAGAGCUCAGAUCUCCCUCAAUAAGCCUAUUCCAGCCGGGUUCAGUCCCGUCCCACCAGCUGGGUCGGCAGCGGCCGCAGCUCUCGCGCGGAAGCAAGCCGGAAAUGGUGGCCAAGAUGGCGACCCUGGCGCAUCUGAUGCUGGCAACAGCUCUGGGUAUGGCACACCAACCACCGAAGGCGCACAGCUAGGCUCACCAUCGAUUUCGGGGACCAGCAUUCACAAGCGAAAGGCGCGCCCCUCUCAUCCUUCGUCAGCGCCGGGGACUGAUGCUCUGCCGGAGAAUAGCACUUCAAAGCGGUUACGAAGAGCAGUGCCUGCACCAUCAUCAUCAAUACAUGCAGGUGGGAGCCGCAAGGGGAAAGAACGAGCUUCCAACCAGGCCAUCGCCGACAAGUACGCCCCCCCGUCGAUCCGAUUCUCCUCGCUAGGUGGUAUCACUGCUGCCAUCGAGCAGUGUCUUGAGCUGAUUGCCCUGCCGCUCCUACAUCCCGAGAUUUAUGCCCACACUGGCAUUGUGCCACCGCGUGGCGUGCUUUUACACGGCCCGCCCGGCUGUGGCAAGACGCGUCUGGCGCAAGCCAUCGCAGGCGAGAUGGGUGUACCCUUCCUGAAUGUUAGUGCGCCAAGCAUUGUCAGUGGUACCAGUGGAGAGAGUGAGAAGGGACUCAGAGAUCUCUUUGAAGAGGCUGCCCGUGUUGCUCCGUGUAUCGUUUUCCUGGACGAGAUCGAUGCGAUCACGCCAAAGAGGGAGAACGCGCAGAGAGAAAUGGAGCGCAGAAUUGUUGCUCAACUGCUCACCUGCUUGGAUGACAUGUCGUGGGAAAAGACCGAAGGCAAGGCCGUGAUGGUCAUCGGUGCCACAAAUCGCCCAGAUUCUCUUGAUCCUGCCUUGCGACGAGCAGGCCGUUUUGACCAUGAGAUCACUCUUGGGGUUCCGGACGAAGAUGGCAGAGAACAGAUCUUGCGGGUACUCGCCUCUCACCUACGCCUUUCAGGCGACUUUGAAUUCCGUGAAUUGGCAAAAGCUACGCCCGGCUUUGUAGGGGCAGAUCUGACAGCGCUCACGAGCACUGCUGGCAUCGUUGCUGUCAAACGCAUUUUUCAGACACUGGCGCACAUGGACUCGCUAGCCACUUCACCACAAGAUACCAACUCUGCGGGCGAAGAAGCCAUCGCUUCAGGGUCCAUGGCCCCAGCUACAUCCAGCGAAGGGUCAGGAGCGGCCAAAAACGAAGGAGAGGACGUAAACAUGGAAUCCGCCGACCAGGAGGAAGGGCUCACGGCGGCAUCACUAGCAGCGCCUGUUGAAACAUCUCUGCCACUUCCACCACCUGUCUCAAACAGCAUCGAAGUAGACUCGGCUUCCAAUCCAAGGACACCCUCGUCCCUUCUACAAUCCCUCCCUGAUGCACUGCAACACUCUACCAUUGCAUCAUUCCUGCGUCGCUUCCCCCGAAAACUCUCCGAAGACCAACUGUCCAUUCUUAGUAUCACGAACGAAGACUUUACAGCAGCACUACCGAUGAUUCAGCCAUCGUCCAAACGAGAAGGGUUCGCGACCGUUCCAGACGUGACCUGGGCUGACGUUGGCGCCCUGCACGAGACACGCGAGGAGCUCAGCAUGGCGAUCGUCCAACCGAUCCGGAGACCAGAGCUGUUCCGCGCCGUUGGCGUUAGCGCCAGCUCGGGUGUCAUGCUCUGGGGCCCGCCAGGCUGCGGAAAGACGCUACUCGCCAAAGCCGUUGCGAAUGAGAGCCGGGCCAACUUCAUCAGCGUGAAGGGCCCAGAGCUGUUGAACAAGUACGUGGGCGAGAGCGAGCGCGCUGUUCGGCAGGUCUUUGCACGCGCACGGGCUUCUUCUCCCUGCGUGAUCUUCUUUGACGAACUGGAUGCGCUCGUUCCGAAGCGAGACGAUGCGCUUUCAGAAGCGUCGUCGCGUGUCGUCAACACCCUCCUCACUGAACUCGACGGACUGGAAGGACGAGGACAGACAUAUGUGAUCGCAGCCACGAAUCGCCCUGAUAUUGUCGAUCCAGCGAUGUGCCGCCCCGGCCGCCUGGAUAAACUACUCUACGUUGACUUGCCGAACAGCUCCGAGCGUCUGGAAAUCCUGCGCGCUCUCACCAAGGCGUCGCCGCUGCUCACUGAGAUGCCAGCGCAAAGUACCAGCGAUGCGGUCGUAAAUCUGCACGCGAUUGCAUUCGAUCCUCGCACCGACGGCUUUUCCGGUGCCGAUCUUGCAGCGUUGGUGCGCGAAGCUGCUGUUGCAGCGCUGCGCGAGACCAUCCGCUUCUCACUCACAGCCGAGGCAGUGCCUAUGAACACCGUACAGCCAGCCGCACCGGGCCAAAGCUCACCACAAAUCUUUAUUACUCAGCCGCACUUCCUUGCGGCUCUUGACAAGGUGCGGCCCAGUGUUAGCAUGGCUCAAAGGAAGCGGUACGAGUCGCUCAGGACGCGUCUCUCCGGCGGUCAUCUUGGUAGCACGAAAGCCGGCGUAUCCGUUACGGAAGCUCAUUCAGCCGAGUUGGCUCGAAAUGAAGGGGGAUCAGCUAUGACGACGUAAGAGGAGCUGUUCGCCAGAAUAUACAUGCUUUCUGAC